AUGUCGUCCAAGGAUCCGGUUCGACCAGAAUCUGUUUCUGUUCAGACAUACCUCCAGUCACGGCUUGAGCCACCACGCCCUCAAACUUCGUCCGACUCGCCCCUCACGUCUUUUCUCACAUCCAUCUUCUCUCGAUCUAAACCACAGCAACAAUCGCAGGGUGCUGGUUCACCGGAACCCCCUCUAUUAUCACAGAAUAACUUGAAAGCAUUACAAUCGCUGCUGGACAAUAAAUAUCAGAAGCAAUACCCUCUCCGCCGGAACGUGCGGUACCCAGCCAGCCAGCCAGACUACUAUGAUGUGCUGCUGAAGGAGUUUAGUGAAGCUGCGCAUCGGUCGUCAUUCACGAGGCUGAAGAAGAGAAUUAGUGGAUCCCUGAGAUUGAAGUAG